AUGAGUAAACUAAGUUCACUUAUCGAGUCCAACACAUUCAGCCCGGAGGCUUCUGAAUGCAGUACCAACGAAGGUAUCAGUGCCUCCACAAUGCCUAUCCCCCAAUUCAUCUCUGGCCUCCGUCGCUUCAACACAAAGCAACCUCUGGAGAAUGGAUCUGAAAUCCCCAAAAUCCUAAGCACUCCUUCCAAAUGCUCGACUGGGCCUCUUCCGAAAUUGUUGUGCGAAGCUUCUCAGACCCAGCCGACUCAAGCCAGCAGCUGAGGCUCUCGAAGGCCUUCGGUCAACGCUGCAGAUUGUCAAGGAGAGGCAUUGAUUCAUGAGUCUUCCUUCUGGGUCUGAACAGAUACACAGACUGAAGAUGACGAAAAUAGAAACAUAAGUCUGUCAGAGAGGAAACAUCGAGUCUACAAGCCCUUGAGCAUCCAGCAAAAAAGAGCAGAUGUAUUUCAGGUGUCAAGGAAUCCAAGUAAAAUUGAAAUACUCCUGAAAAUGGAUACGAGGCAUUCGACUCCGGUGAAACCUGCUUGGUGAGAAACAGAGAAUCUAACUUCGUUUGAAGCUUUUGAAGAGUCUUGAUGUCACCAUCCAAGGCCAUCAAACACUCCAUUCAAACACUGAGAGGGUCUAUGGCCUGCUGGCAAGCCUCUUGAAGUUAAACAGCAAGUUGAGAUAUCUGACCUUGACAAACAAAUCUUCAAUCUCAAGAAACAGGCUUGAGAACUAGUACAUAAAAUUGAUCAAUUAACCGAUGAAAACUCUCAGCUCACUGGUGAGUUCAACUCUUUAUUAUAUAACAAACUUUAA